AUGUAUUUUUUUUUUAGAUAAAAAAAAUAAUACUUACAAAGCCUGUACCUGUAUUUCUUCUCUUUUUCCGUUCAAAAACAUUAAUUUCAGACCCUUUCAUAUUAUCCAUUAUAUUGUCUCAAACAAAUGAAAUACCUAUAUGUGUUCCAGAAAUGAGAAGUAGGUGAUGCAUCUUUAAGUGCCGUGAACCCAUGUAGCAACGCCUGCUACCUCCACGUUUUAAAGCUAUUUUAAGAGAUGGGGGGGGAAACUGAAGUUUGUGUUGCAGCAUGUGACCUGUCUGUUUAUUCCCUUUUACAUCACCCCCAGUUGUAUAUCUUAAAUUGUUGUUUCCUCAAUAACAACAACAGAUCAAAACAGAAAGUCCCAAUCAUGAAUUGUUUAUUUUCUAUCUCUGCUGCAGUUCAUUACAAUUGUCAGACAUGGCAACUGAAAAAUAUACGAGGGGCGAGUAACCCUCUUGACAAUAGGAGCCGUCGCUAACGAGACCACGCUAGCAGAAGGCGUGGGAGUGACAUUUCAAAGCGCCUCUUCUACUGUCUCCAAGGCUCAUACUAAACCCUCAGUUUCUGCAUCUCAUCAUGGGUGGUCUUCGCUUUAGAGAGCCCACCGACGAAUGGGUAGAACCACAUUGGAUCAAAUCUCAAUAUGCAUGGUCUCUGGUUUCCUCUUGUUUGUAUCAAAAGGGAGGAAGGUGGUUGAAGUACUUUGACACCAAAUCUUCCUGGGUUCGUGUCAUCACUGGCAGCAGCAGUAGCUGUCUGAUUUUGUAACCAUGUGUUAUGUUCUGUGCCACGACAGAUACAUGAUGCUGAUCAACGGCAAGAACGACGUACACAUGAUAGACCGAGACAACACCAUCUUCCACAUUGCCAACCUCGAGUUCCCCCUCCGGAAGGACCCCCGCCACCACUUAGGCAAAACCUUACUAGAUGGGGAGAUGAUCAUUGAUAAAGUCAACGGACAGCCCGUCCCCCGCUACCUGAUAUAUGACAUCAUCAAAUUUAAUGGGCAGCCUGUUGGACUCUGUGAUUUCAACAUCAGACUGCUAUGCAUAGAAAAGGAAAUAAUAUCUCCGCGGAUGGAGAAGAUGAAAAAUGGACAGAUUGACAAGACCAAAGAGCCGUUCAGCGUCCGAAACAAGCCCUUCUUUGAUAUCCAUGCUUCUCGCAAGUUACUGGAAGGCAGCUUCACUUCGCAGGUCAGCCACGAGGUUGAUGGUCUCAUCUUCCAGCCAUGUGGGAGAUACAAGGCCGGCCGCUGUGACGACAUCCUCAAGUGGAAGCCUCCCAGCCACAACUCGGUGGACUUUCGCCUCAAGAUCACCAAGGUCGGCGGAGAGGGGCUGCUCCCCCAGACGGUGGGCUUGCUGUUCGUCGGCAGCUAUGAAAGGCCAUUCGCCCAGAUGAAGGCCACCAAGGAUCUGAAGCAGUACGACAACAAGAUCAUCGAGUGCACGUUUACCAACAACACCUGGGUUUUCAUGAAGCAGAGAAUAGACAAGAGCUUCCCCAACUCCUACGACACAGCCAUGGCCGUGUGUAACAGCAUCCAGCACCCCGUCACCAAGGAGAUCCUGCUGGACCUGGUGGACCGCAGCACCCAGGGGGUGCAGCAACCGGCGCAGGGGCGCAAGCACCCCCCCGACCCGGACGCCCAGCUCAUGCCCCCGCCGCCCUCCAAGAAGACCAACCACGCCGAGCCGUAGACCCGCCGGCCCCCCGCCCGCGCUCCGUCACGCUUUGGGACAAACGACGGGACAAAUUGCGCAUUGCAAGAAUUUAAAAAAGCACCAGCGCCAUCGUGUCCACCCUCGCCCGGUCGCCUGCAGCAGGACGGACGGCUCCGUCUCGGCCCUGGACAUUAGUCUAAUCAGCGCCACGUGGGCGCCAGCAUCCACAAGGCUGUGGAACCCCUCUGAUCGACGGCCACGAGCGCCAUUCGCUUUAUUGUGUAGCGUGUAGCUUAAAUUGCAAUUGUUCUUAUCGAAGUGAGACUAAAAAAACAAACAAAAAAUGAAGACGGCGCCAUCCCGGUUUUCCCUUAUUUAUGUUUUUGUGUUUGUUUUUUUGUUUUCUUUUGCGUCUGAGCUUAUGACAGCGUGGUUUGUGAUGGCUACACGAUCAUCUAUGCAGACGAUGUGUUUCCAUGAUGUCAAGGAGAGGCUCGUGUUUGUGUUACGCUCCGAGAAAGAGUAAACAUCAACACUUCACCCACAAUCUGAUCACAGGGAGGUAAUUAGAGAUUAAUUGAAGAUCCUGCAGAUCAACAGAUUCCUAUUAUCUCCCCUCUCUGGUACACGAGCCUCGAGAAGCGUCCUCACACAUCCAGCUCCCAGUGUGUAGCAGUGUGUAUCGUACCAGUCCUCCACCGCCACAUCUCUCCCCAGGUGUCACAGAACACUUGUAACACGCUGUUCUAUCUCUGUCCUCCCCCCCACUCUCACGCUCACAAAAACCAACCCGUUCACAAACUACAAGGAAGGGAGCUCAUUCGUUUGUUCUGUUUUUGUUGAGCUUUCACUACAGUUAUAAUGGGUUGUCUGAUUCUCCAAUGCUUGCAGGGGGGGGGGGGGGGGGGUUGUUUCCUGUCGACUGUCCAUAGGCAGUGGUUCUCAAGGGGGUCCCACGGGAGGCCCAAAGCCCACUUGGAACUCCAGCUAAGCCCCCGUAUGCAUGUGUGAGUGAGCGGGGUUCAACACAUUAGCAUGCACUCAUCACACAGAUACACUCUUCCUCAUGUUUGAGGAUCAAUACGCAGUCAAAUUGAAGCGGCUUGAUCCUACCGUCUUCGUCUCAUAUUAUCGCCCGGUUGCAGAGAUACGACUCCCAAUAGGAAUACAUUUAGUGACCUUCGGCUUUGCGUUGGUUUGGCAGGUCUUUGUCCUAAAGCUGCGGUUUGACAGUGAAGAGUUAUGUUUUUAUUAAAAUGGGCGUUUUGUUCAGCCUGUGCAAAGAGUUAACAGAGCACGGUGGGGAAGAAAACAGCCCUGUAAAUACUGUUGUGCGUUUAGGAGUUAUUGUUAAUUUGUCAGUUUGGUUGUUAUUUGCUUUUGUUUUGUUCUUGUGUGUUUGUCUUCUUCACAACAGCAGGGACCGGUUCAAUCCAUAUGAAAAAUGUAAAGAUUGAUAAAAGUUCAAUAUCUGCCUCUUGUC